UCUGUUGAAAACAGCCUCCCUGACACUUAGAUAGUUGAACCUGAACUGUUUCAGGGUCAAGGAGGUGGCAUUGAAGGAUCUGCAUAAAAGUCUCCCGUCAGCUCAGUCACACAGGCAGUGCUGUUCAGAAGAGCUGGAGGACACUCAGAUGAAUGAAGCUGACAAUGGCUGAAGCACUCGUCCUGCCCUGGCUGCUCUGUUUAAGCCUGUUCUCUGCAGUGACUCUGGCAGCUCUGUAUCUCAAACGGAAGAUGAAUGGAUUUGUGCCAGCAGGAAACCGAUCUCCUCCAAGUCUCCCAUCACUGCCCAUCAUCGGCAGUCUGCUGAGCCUGGUGAGCGACAGUCCUCCGCACAUCUUCUUUCAGGACCUGCAGAAGAAAUACGGAGAUCUGUAUUCUCUCAUGAUGGGCUCCCACAAACUGCUCAUUGUGAACAACCACCAUCACGCGAAGGAGAUCCUGAUCAAAAAAGGAAAAAUAUUUGCAGGGAGGCCACGGACUGUUACAACAGACUUGUUAACUCGAGAUGGGAAAGAUAUAGCAUUUGCUGACUACAGUUCUACAUGGAAGUUUCACCGCAAAAUGGUGCAUGGAGCUCUGUGCAUGUUUGGAGAAGGUUCAGUUUCUAUUGAGAAGAUAAUUUGCAGGGAGGCAAGUUCUAUGUGUGAAGUGUUGACUGAAAGCCAGAACAGCGCUGUGGAUCUGGGACCGGAGUUGACACGCGCUGUCACAAAUGUGGUGUGUGCCUUGUGUUUUAACUCCUCGUAUAAACGUGGAGAUGCUGAGUUUGAGUCCAUGCUCCAGUACAGCCAGGGAAUCGUGGAUACAGUUGCAAAGGACAGCUUGGUGGAUAUUUUCCCAUGGCUGCAGAUUUUCCCAAAUAAAGACCUCAGAAUCUUAAGACAAUGCAUAUAUAUCCGAGAUAAACUGCUUCAAAAGAAAUAUGAGGAACACAAGGUGACCUACAGUGAUAACGUGCAGCGGGAUCUCCUAGAUGCUCUUCUGAGAGCGAAACGCAGCUCAGAGAACAACAACAGCGGCACUCGUGAUGUUGGUUUAACUGAAGAUCAUCUGCUCAUGACAGUGGGGGACAUUUUCGGGGCUGGGGUGGAAACCACAACUACUGUACUCAAAUGGUCAAUAGCUUACCUCGUCCACAAUCCGCAGGUUCAGAGGAAGAUUCAGGAGGAGCUCGACAAUAAGAUUGGAAAAGACCGACAUCCUCAGCUCAGCGACCGGGGGAAUCUGCCGUAUCUAGAAGCCACUAUCAGAGAAGUGCUGAGGAUUCGACCUGUGUCUCCGCUCCUCAUCCCUCAUGUGGCGCUGCAGGACUCCAGUGUUGGUGAAUACACGGUGCGGAAAGGCACACGGGUCAUUAUUAACCUCUGGUCUUUACAUCAUGAUGAGAAGGAAUGGAAGAAUCCUGAGCUCUUUGACCCAGGACGCUUUCUGAAUGAGGAGGGUGAUGGCUUGUGCUGCCCGUCGGCCAGUUACCUACCGUUUGGUGCAGGGGUGCGUGUUUGUCUUGGCGAGGCCCUGGCAAAGAUGGAGCUCUUCCUUUUCCUGGCGUGGAUUUUGCAAAGGUUCACACUGGAGAUGCCCACCGGCCAGCCUCUGCCUGACCUCCUGGGCAAGUUUGGUGUGGUUCUUCAACCCAAGAAAUUUAAGGUUGUUGCUAAUGUAAGAGCAGACUGGGAAAAAUGCCCUCUCAUGCAGCACUGCUGAGCUGAAUGUAAGAUGCUGACAUUUGCAUCUUUUUCUCAGCCUCCUGUGUAUAGAUUAUUUUCACUGUUAUGGUAACACUUUGGCUCUUUUUAUCAUAUUUAAAGUGAAAUAAACAGAACGCUGAGGGAAUAUUCUCUUUUAGAAGAUCAAUUCAGACGGCACUCAAUCAAAUAUCACACAUCAACAUGAAUUCAAAGAAUGAUUUUAAACAGUCAGAAUAUGGAGGUAACACUCAUAUUCAACUGAUACUCAUAUUCAACAUUCAUAUCUCAACUGAUUAUUGAUGAUGGUUUAUUGACUGUUAAAGAACAACAAGGCUGUUAUUGAUGGCAUGUGUUUUUGUUGAAGCCACUGGGCCAUUUAAAUGUUGCAUGGUGUUUUGAAAUGGCCAUAUUUAACCCUUUAAACAGCACUCAUUGAAGAAAAAAAAACCUGGAUUGUUACUUGGGGUUGUAACUUACAAGAAUUUUUUGGCUUUUUAUGAGAAAUAGGAUAGUGAGUGAGAUUGAAAUCACUGUCAGUGAAGUUAACAUAUGUUUUACACCCAAUAAAGUGUUAAAGAGAUUUGAAAUGUA